UGCCUGAUAGAGGUACAGUGCUUAAUAAUGUAAGGACCUUGUAGAACAAUGAUUUUGUUGAAGGUAAUCUUCUAAAAGGAAUAGCUCUACGAUGUUUCGUAGUCGCAGCUGGUUUGGAGGCACCCUGUGGAAGCCUAAAAAUCUUCAUUCUCUGGAUCACCUCAAAUUCCUCUACAACUUGUUGUCCAAAAAUCAAAUAGUCAAUGAAAAUAACAAAGGUUUGCUGGUUGAAACUCUAAGAUCUAUCGCAGAAAUAUUGAUUUGGGGUGAUCAAAAUGACAGUAGUGUUUUUGAUUUUUUCUUGGAAAAAAAUAUGUUAUCUUUUUUUUUACGGAUAAUGAAACAAAAAUGUGGAAGCUACGUGUGCGUUCAAUUACUGCAAACACUUAACAUUUUAUUCGAAAAUAUUCGUAACGAAACGUCUUUAUACUACCUCUUGAGUAACAAUCAUGUAAACAGCAUUAUAGUCCAUAAAUUUGAUUUCAGCGAUGAGGAAGUUAUGGCUUAUUAUAUAAGUUUCUUAAAGACACUGAGUUUGAAACUGAAUGCACACACUAUUCAUUUUUUUUACAAUGAGGUAAACAAGCACACAAACGAUUUUCCACUGUACACCGAAGCUAUCAAGUUCUUUAAUCACACAGAAGGUAUGGUUCGCAUUGCGGUAAGAACAUUAACAUUAAAUGUUUAUCGUGUUGAAGAUGCCUCGAUGCUAAAAUUUAUUCGAGAUAGAACUGCUGCUCCAUAUUUUAGCAAUCUUGUUUGGUUUAUUGGAAAUCAUAUUCUUGAAUUGGACACAUGUGUCAGAAAUGAUGCCGAUCACCAAAGUCAAAAUAGAUUGUCAGAUCUAGUUGCAGAACAUUUAGAUCAUUUACAUUAUUUAAAUGAUAUUCUUUGUCUUGACAUAGAAGACUUAAAUAAAGUUUUGUCAGAUCAUUUAUUGCACAAGUUACUUGUUCCCUUACAUGUUUACUCAUUGAUGAGAAGAAAAGAUUUAUUAUAUCAAAAUCAAAGAGAGCGAAAAUUCGUCAGUACAGUGGUGGCACUAUUUCUUCUAUCUCAAGUCUUUUUAAUUGUUUCUCAUGGACCCUUAAUUAAAACACUUGCAGCUGUAAUAAUAAAGUCUAAUGAGGAUAUUGUAAAAAAUGGUACAACUAAGGUGCUAGAAGAAUGUGACAAUUGUAUUAAUAAUAAAACUGUUGCUUUUUCACUACCUGCAAAAAGUUUAGAGACAUCUUUAGAUGAUUUAAAUGAAUUUCACAAUGAUUCCUCAAAACUGCGAUAUGUCAAAGAGAUAAAACAAAAUAAGAAUGAAGAAAGUACAAAGACUGAUUAUGAAACUGAAUUUUCCAGUGAAAAAUGUUUGGAGAUCCAAAAAAAUGACUUGCAUAUAACAGAAAACACGGCAUCAACUGAAAUUAAUGCACUUCUCCAUACUGAACCUUGCUCUGUACAAAGUGAACUGGAUAAAUUUUGUACUGCAAGUGGAACAAUAAUGGAAAUUAAAUAUUUAAGUGUUACCGAUGAAGAAAAAGAACAUAGAUUAGCUCUUGAAAGUCCGCUUACAUCGGAUGUAGUUGAUAAAAUUUCUGACCGAGAUUUACUAUCCAGAAAACCUUUUCUUGAAACUAUAUUUGAUUCCUUAUAUUGUUCAGAAAAUGAUUAUACCGCAUUACUUGCUUUGUGCCUACUUUAUGCUUUAACUAACAAUAAGAAUCUAUGCACUGAUGCAUUAGGCAUGGUCUUGACUCCUUUGAAAAAAUCGGCAGAAGAUUAUUACAAUCAAACAUUAAUAGAUAGAAUCAUUAGGAUUAUAAGUCUUAGCUGCCAAACAAAUACAAAAGUACGGUUGGUUACUUUAGAGCUGUCAAUAAAAUUGUUAGUGCAGUUGGUGAUUUUUGAAAAAAAAAAUUUAUUACAAGACAGCCAAUUAACAGCCAUCAGAGUAGCAAGAGAACAAAGCACCGCAACUCUGCGUAAUUUUUACAAGAGUGAAGAUAUAUUUUUGGAUAUGUUUGAAGAUGAAUUCAUUAAAAUCCAGAAAAAACCAAUAAAAGUUGAAUGGCUUAUGAUGGAUAGUAAUAUUUUGCUACCUCCAACUGGCACUCCAAUGACAGGCAUUGAAUUUAGCAAAAGACUACCUUGCGGAGAAGUUGAAAGGUCUCGCAGAGCUAUACGCGUAUUUUUAUUACUACGCGGGCUAUCAUUAAGAUUGAACAAUGAAUUUGAAACUCAACUACCACUGACCAAUUCAGGGACUUGCGUCCAAAUUAAUAAUGUUCUAGAUCUAAAUAACAGCGACCUCAUCGCAUGUACGGUUGUAUGGAAAGAUGGUCAAAAGCUUCGCCGUUUUAUGGUUAUUGACUUCAUCCAACUGAUAUUGGUCGAGCCGGACUCGCGUAAACUUGGCUGGGGUGUUGCGAAGUUUGUUGGGUUCUUGCAGGAUAUCGAGGUAACAGGUGAUAAGGAUGACUCUCGAUGUCUGCAUUUGACGAUCCACAAGCCUCUUAGCAGUGGAGCAACUAAUCGUGUACCUUUGCUGUCUACCAAGUUCAUAUUCGAUGACCAUAUUCGUUGUAUGGCAGCCAAACAGAGACUAACGAAAGGAAGAAUAAAGGCAAGGCAAAAAAAAAUGAAUCAAAUAGCAUGUCUUCUUGAUAUUCCGUCUACAGCGCCUCAUUUUUCUACACCAUCAAACUAUGCACGGAUUGACUUAUGCAAUGACCGUUUAUCUUGUCAGGAUCAGCUAAAGUCAAAAGACCAAAUACAACAGCACUACCAACACUACCAACAUCAACAACGUAUGUUCACGGUAAAUAAGGUACCAGGAUUUGCGGCUCAGAUGCGCCGAGGGAGCCUUAACAAAUCAUAUUGUAUGAAACGUGCAACCACCAGGGGUGACGAUAAAAUUGAUUCUAGCAGUCUAAGUGUUGGUAUCAGAGUUGUAGGUUUAACUCUCACGCGGUCACAUGAUGGUUCGCCAAAUAUUUUAAGACCACGCGGUGAAGAGAUACCCCUUGAGGACAUGCACCGACAUAAUAACUCCUCGGUGGACACGGAACAACAGGAUUUAGAGCCAAAUUCUCCAGCUAUUUCAAUGGAACCGAUUGCAUCUAGUUCAAUUAACAGAUGUUCCGAGGAAACCUCUUUCACUGAAAAUCGACCACGAAAAAAAGGACAGGUUGAGACAGUCUGAUUUUUACCAGAGGACCUACCACUUCGAGUCAUUUCGAUUAAACAUUGCUAUAAUUUUUAAAUUGCGCAGUAAUAUUCAUGGUCUGGAUCAAGAAUUAUUUACAAUUCACUUAUUUUUGUUCAAGUGUUUUUUUAAAAUCCAAUUUCAAUAUGGGUAGCUUAAGACAUAUCGACAUAUUCUUUAAAUAUUACAUUUUGUCAAAAAAAUUUUAACGUUCUUACAUUUUGAAUUGUACACUUAACUAACACUUUAUUUAAAUGCAAUUGAAAAAAGUUAUUAAGUUAACACUAUAGAUUGUAAAAUUCUCUUCUCCAUACUUAAAACGUUAUUUUCAAAUAAAGUGCACUAAUUUGUUGAUAUUUUAAACAGUAUUCUAGCUUAAAACAUAUAAAUUUUAUAAUUUAUUACAAAACUUAUAGUUUCAAAUUCAACAGCUUAUAUUUUUAUAUCCUAUGCGCUGUAUUAUGCACAAUAGUAUUGACUGUUACUUGAGUGCUAUUAAAUUAUAAAAACUAAAACAAGAAAUUUGAAUUUUGCUUGUGUCAGUAUAUCAAAUAACCUGGUUUUGCUCAUCUUGGUCGUAAAGUUUAAGUUAAGGUGUCGUUUUUUUUUGGUAUUAUUAUUGUUUGGUAUCAAUCCGUCAUCCGGUGAUUUUUUAUUUUUUUCAGCAA